GCGGGGGGUGGGGGGGGAACGGGCGGGGAGAGGAGGAGAAGACCGCGGCGGAGGCAGGUGAGAGGAGGACGGAAGCGACGCCGCGGCGGGCACAGCACCUCAGGCGGCGGCCCGGUUCCUGGGAGUGUCGGUGCGGCGUGGUGGUUGGGGCGGAUCCCGCGGGGCCCGGGCGGGGGAAGGAGUCACCGGCCCGGCCAUGGCGGACAACGAGAAACUGGACAACCAACGGCUCAAGAAUUUCAAGAACAAAGGCCGCGACUUGGAGACUAUGAGAAGACAACGAAAUGAAGUUGUAGUCGAAUUAAGGAAGAAUAAAAGAGAUGAACAUCUCUUGAAGAGAAGGAAUGUACCACAUGAAGAUAUCUGUGAAGACUCUGACAUAGAUGGUGAUUAUAGAGUGCAAAAUACCUCUCUAGAAGCUAUUGUUCAAAAUGCUUCAAGUGAUAACCAAGGAAUUCAGUUAAGUGCAGUUCAAGCUGCUAGGAAGCUUUUGUCCAGUGAUCGAAAUCCACCAAUUGAUGACUUAAUAAAAUCUGGAAUAUUGCCUAUUUUAGUCCAUUGUCUUGAAAGAGAUGACAAUCCUUCUUUACAGUUUGAAGCUGCAUGGGCUUUGACAAACAUUGCGUCUGGAACCUCUGAACAAACUCAAGCAGUAGUUCAGUCCAAUGCUGUGCCACUUUUCCUGAGGCUUCUCCAUUCACCCCAUCAAAAUGUCUGUGAGCAAGCAGUGUGGGCAUUGGGAAAUAUCAUAGGUGAUGGGCCACAGUGUAGAGAUUAUGUCAUAAGUCUUGGAGUUGUGAAACCUUUACUUUCCUUCAUAAGUCCAUCUAUUCCUAUAACAUUCUUAAGAAAUGUUACUUGGGUUAUGGUCAACUUAUGUCGCCACAAAGACCCACCACCCCCAAUGGAAACCAUUCAGGAGAUUCUUCCAGCUCUUUGUGUUUUAAUUCAUCACACAGACGUAAAUAUAUUGGUAGAUACGGUCUGGGCCCUCUCUUACCUUACUGAUGCUGGCAACGAACAGAUACAGAUGGUAAUAGACUCUGGAAUAGUCCCUCAUUUGGUUCCUCUGCUCAGCCACCAGGAAGUUAAGGUUCAGACAGCAGCACUUCGAGCUGUGGGCAACAUUGUUACUGGAACUGAUGAGCAAACACAAGUAGUUUUGAACUGUGAUGCUCUUUCACACUUCCCCGCACUUCUAACACAUCCCAAAGAGAAAAUUAAUAAAGAAGCAGUGUGGUUCCUCUCUAACAUCACCGCAGGAAAUCAGCAGCAGGUUCAGGCAGUAAUUGAUGCCAAUCUUGUACCAAUGAUAAUACACCUUUUGGAUAAGGGAGAUUUUGGCACUCAGAAAGAAGCUGCAUGGGCCAUAAGUAACUUAACAAUUAGCGGAAGGAAAGAUCAAGUGGCCUACCUAAUCCAACAAAAUGUUAUCCCACCUUUUUGCAAUUUGCUGACUGUAAAAGAUGCACAGGUUGUGCAAGUAGUACUUGAUGGACUAAGUAAUAUAUUAAAAAUGGCUGAAGAUGAGGCAGAAACCAUAGCCAAUCUUAUAGAAGAAUGUGGAGGACUGGAGAAAAUUGAACAACUUCAAAAUCAUGAAAAUGAAGACAUCUACAAAUUGGCCUAUGAGAUCAUUGAUCAGUUCUUCUCUUCAGAUGAUAUUGAUGAAGAUCCUAGCCUUGUUCCAGAGGCAAUACAAGGUGGAACAUUUGGUUUCAAUUCAUCUGCCAAUGUACCAACAGAAGGGUUCCAGUUUUAGAAAGAUGUUGUGGAAGUUAGGUACAAUGCAGCACUGAGAUAUAUAUAUAUACACAUAUAUAUAAAAAGGUUUGAUCCAUCAAGCUUGGCUCAUGGGAUCUGCUGCUGCAUUAAAUCGGGAAAGAAAAUGUGAAGAUUUCAUUUGGAAUCACAGAAAAUGCCCAAAUGAGGUCAAGAUGGCGAGUGGGUGCGAGUGAGAAUGAGUGGCAAAAUGUAAUGAAAACUUUACAUGAAUGCUUAUUUAGGUUGUUCUGAGUAAAAGGGCUACAGGUCACAGAUCUUCAGUGCCUGAGGAGGAACAUUGACAUUAUACCAGCUGAGGGGAAAGUGCAGUAAUGUCAUCUUCAAGCCUUGUAAGCAUAAAAGAGAAUAGGAUGCCCAUAUAAGUCAAAGGAAAAUGAGCCCAGGCCUUGCUAUGAAGCAGUGUGUGAAUGGACAAUGUUGAAUGAAUGUCUGGCUCAGUGAUAGAGAGCCAGGUUCAUCUUUGAAAUCUAGGGCUCUUCAUUCAUG